AUGGAGUCUUCCCCGCCGCAGAUGCACACAUCGUCGCCCUCCCGGACCUCGCCCUCGACGAACUUCAUUAUGGACACCGUUUUAGUAUUUUCAGAGUCUCUCACGGACACAACAAACGUCGCCACAAGGUCGUCGCUGGUGAGCCGGUUCACGGUGUUGGAUUACCUGGUGUUCUGCGGCAUGCUCCUGGUGUCGGCGGGCAUAGGCGUCUACACCGCUUUCUUCGGCUCCAAGAAAGUGUCCACCGACGAGUUCCUGAUGGGCGGCCGCCAACUGAGCGCCUUCCCCGUGGCGCUCUCGAUCUUGGCCAGCUUCAUGUCGGCCAUUACUCUGCUCGGCACGGCCUCCGAGGUGUACCUAGCAGGCACCCAGUAUGUCGUCAUAUGCGUCUCCUACUGCUUCGUCGUUCCAGCCACGGCCUACUUCUAUAUGCCCAUCUUCCAUCACCUGCAGCUUACCAGCGCCUACGAGUACCUCGAAAUACGCUUCAACCAAGUUAUACGAUCAAUGGGAAGUACAUUCUCAAUCCAAAUGCUUAUUUACAUGUCAAUUGUACUGUACGCACCAGCACUGGCAGUCUCUCAAGUGACUGGAAUUUCCACCUGGACAUCGAUCCUGUCCCUAGGAAUAGUUUGCACUUUCUACACGAGCAUUGGUGGCAUGAAAGCUGUCGUGUGGACAGACGUCUUCCAAAUCACGCUAAUGUUUGGAUCCAUGAUCGUGGUCGUCUUUCGAGGGACCAUCGACCUCGGCGGACUUGGAUACGUAUUUGACAAGGCCCAAGAAGGGGGACGUCUGGAAUUUUUCAACAUGAAUCUGAACCCUGCGGAGCGGCACACGGUAUUCGGCGUCACCAUCGGCACUUUCUUCACCUGGAUGUCCGUGUACGCCGUGAGCCAGGCCAUGGUGCAGCGAUACCUCACCAUACCGACAAUCCAGGGAGCCCGAACGGCCAUCUGGCUCAACCUUCCGGGCUUGUCGUUCCUUAUGCUCAUCUGUGCAAUGGCGGGCCUAGUGAUGUACGCUCGCUACUAUGACUGCGAUCCGAUUAUGACCAAGAAAGUUAGCUCGGCAGACCAGCUCCUUCCUCUGUAUGUCAUGGACGUCCUGGGCAAAUUCACGGGUCUUCCUGGACUUUUCGUAGCUGGAAUUUUCAGCGGAGCACUCAGCACCGUCUCUUCGGGAGUCAACUCGUUGGCGGCUGUUACCCUCGAAGACGUCGUCAAACGCUACAUCGUGCAAGACAUGAGCGAUCGCUCGUCCACUACGCUGACCAGGAUACUAGCGCUAACAUUUGGGUGCACCGCCAUUGCGCUCGUUUACGUCGCGCAGAACAUGGGCAACGUCUUGCAGGCAGCGCUGGCAAUCUUUGGCAUCGUGGGAGGACCGCUACUGGGAGUUUUCACCCUCGGCUUAUUUUUUCCCUUUGCCAAUAGCAUUGGGGCCGGUGUUGGCAUAAUGACGUCCAUGGUGGUGACCUUCUGGAUUGGCCUCGGCGCAUUUUACUACAAGCCCGCGAAACGGCUGGCUAGGCGCUCGGUAAUGGGAUGCCUGCAGGAGUACAUCAACGCGACGCACCAGAACCCCGCCAACGUGACCUUUCCGGACAUAUUCUACCCCUACCGGAUCUCGUAUGUCUGGUACAGCAUGAUUGCCUGCAUGCUGGUCGUCUUCGUCGGUAUCGCCGUUAGCCUCAUAACCGGGCCCUAUGAUCCGACGAAAGUGGACCCGAGGUCCAUUCAUCCGAUUUAUAAUUGGAUCGUCAAAAAGCUGACGACACCGCCUAGGAGAGAAAAGUUAAUGGUUAGAAGUGAGGAAGAAUACGACUGGGACCGCAUGUUUGAGCUGGGCCGAAGGGGAACGGGCGCCGAUCACGUGGAAUCGGGACAGUUAAACGCUGGCUACGUGGCUCAAGAGGCGGCGCCGUCGAAGGACCAGACAAAGGCACCCACUAACUGGACCAUCGGAGAAGCUCCGGCUCCAGGCUCGGCUUCCGUUCCCCCAGCAACUAUGAGGAGAGUGAGUGUAAGUGAACCCGCGUUCUAUCCACUACGCCAGCCGUCGGGAAUCAAGCCUUCAUCUCCGGCGCCAUCAGAGCCCUUCGACGUGACGUCAUCAAAGGCCGCGUCACCGUCUGUCCAUACGGAAGCCCUCAGCGUGCCGCACGAAACGAAGCCUGAAUCGGACACGAUGGACUCGCCACUUCGAACAAACCCGCCACAAGAGGCGCCUGCGACGGCGCCUGCUGACGGCGCUCGAGAAACUAGUGGAACAGAUGGACCAACGUCGGCAAAUUAGACCACACAUUGGCACACUUAGACAAGGACAGCUGUCAUGCGUGCCACACUGCGAUUGCGUUGUAAAUAAAUUCGCGUGAAACCCCCACCGAAAAUAAAGUCAUGGACAUUUCGUAUAGUCAC